AUGGGAGUUUCUAUUCCUGUUCUUGUAAUUAUAAUCUCCCUUCACGUCAUUGCCUUCGUACUUGCUGUCGGUGCUGAACGACGACGUAGCACGGCAGUUGUGGUGCCGGACAAGUAUGAUGAGCAGACAUACUGUUUGUACGGCACCGACGCGUCGACGGUGUACGGUUUGACGGCGUUUGGACUUCUAUUGAUUAGCCAGACGGUGGUUAACGGCGUCACCAGGUGCUUGUGUUUUGGCAGAGGGAUGAUGAGUGGGGGCUCUACAACUUGCGCUGUUUUCUUCUUCAUUUUCUCAUGGGUUAGCUUUUUGGGAGCAGAGGCAUGCUUAUUGGCAGGAUCAGCAAGGAAUGCUUAUCAUACCAAAUACCGUGCAAGUUUUCAUAUCGAGCACUUAUCAUGUACCACUCUUCGGAAGGGUGUAUUUGCAGCCGGUGCUGCUCUAACAUUAUUAUCAAUGAUGGGUUCUAUUCUGUAUUACUGGUCCCAUUCAAAGGCUGAUACGGGUGGAUGGGAAAGGCAUAACAACGGAGGAGUUGGAAUGACCACUUCAAGUUUUGCAGAAAAUCAGCAGCAUCAAAAAAGCAGUGGAUUUUAA